UCCUCCUCCCAGAUCAGAUCACCACCGGCGCGCCGCUUCCACCGCCGCCUCCCCCGUCGCCGGGGACCCUCUCCCGGCGACCCCCCUCCGCCGCCGGUGCCGGCGAAGGUGGGGAUACCCUCUAUAGUCGCCCCCCUAGAUCGCGCUCCUGCCUGCGAUUCGCUCCGUGGGUUUUUGGCGCGAUGGAUCCGCUCAGGAGCUACCUGGGGAGGCUCCUCCUCGAGGAGGUCACCCCGGUGGUGAUGGUGCUGACCACCCCGCUCGCCGAGGCCGCUUGCCGCAAGAGCGGGCUCAGCCUCGUCGACAUGCUCUCGCCCUUCUCCCUCUUCAAAAAAAUCGAUGUGCCAGUGCGGACAGCGAGUGACCAGCCUUACAGGCUGCAGAUGUUUAAGAUUCGGAUGGUUUACGCUUCGGACGUCCGGAAGCAGGACUACGAGGCGACGGAUGAGAGGAUCAAGCCAAUUGUUUCUGAGGCCAAUGAGAGUGCUCUUCCAGAUCUGCUUUCAGACCCACCACAGCUAGAAGAUGUACUUAGCAAGCCUGAGGCUGAGCUGUGCCCCUUGUGGAUUAGGAAAUUUAAUAGAGCUCUAAUGCGGACACUGUCAUUUUCAGAACAUGAAACAUUCGACCACCCUGUGGCAUGUCUGUUGGUUGUAUCAUCGAAGGACACAGAACCGAUCAGCAAAUUUGUUGAUCUCUUCAACACAAAUCAGUUGCCUUCUCUUUUAAACGAAGGCGUAAUGGAUCCCCAGAUUCUUAAGCACUAUCUUAUACUUCAUGAUAAACAAGAUGGCCCACAAGAGAUAGCUAUAAAUAUCUUAGCAGAAAUGAAGAGCACUCUUGGUUUGAAUGAUUGUAAAUUGUUGUGUAUUAAUUCUUCUACAGAAGCAGAUGGUGUAGAUGCUGAGGAUUCAUGGUUACCUUAUAAAUCUUAUGGCUUGCACAACCAAGAAGGAGCUUGCUGGCUUAACAUGGAUGAUUUGAAUGAGAUAAAGGACUUCAUGCAAGAUUUGGCUUCUAAUCAUAUAAUCCCCUACAUGGAGCAAAAGAUCCGUGUCCUCAAUCAGCAGGUAGCUACAACAAGGAAGGGCUUUAGGAAUCAAAUAAAGAACUUGUGGUGGAGAAAAAGAGAUGAUGUACCAGAAGCUUCAAAUGGCCCAAUGUACACGUUCACCUCCAUAGAGUCACAGAUUAGAGUUCUAGGUGACUAUGCUUUCAUGUUACGGGACUACGAGCUUGCUUUGUCUAAUUAUAGAUUACUCUCAACGGAUUAUAAGCUUGAUAAAGCUUGGAAGCGCUUUGCUGGUGUACAGGAAAUGAGUGGCCUGUGCUAUUUCAUGUUGGACCAGUCAAGGAAGGAUGCUGAAUAUUGCAUGGAUAGUGCAUUCAGUACAUAUCUGAGAAUCGGGUCUUCUGGGAAGAGAAAUGCUACUAGAUGUGGCCUUUGGUGGGCAGAAAUGCUUAAAACAAAAGGACAGUAUAGGGAGGCAUCGAGUGUAUAUUACCGAGUUUCUAAUGAGGAACCUUCAUUGCAUUCUGCUGUACUGCUUGAGCAAGCUGCUUGUUGCUAUUUAUUAUCUAAACCACCUAUGCUUCGGAAGUAUGGAUUUCACCUAGUCUUAGCUGGAAAUAGUUAUUACGUAUCUGAUCAGAAGCAACAUGCUGUUCGGGCAUACAGAAAUGCUCUGUUUGUUUACAAACAACAUCCUUGGAGUUAUAUCAAUGAUCAUGUGCAUUUUAAUGUUGGAAGGUGGUAUGGAGUGCUUGGGAUAUUUGAUGUAGCCAUAAAGCACUUGCUGGAGAUCAUUGCUUGCAGCCAUCAGUCACUGACGACACAAAACAUGUUCCUCAAUGACUUUUUCCAUUUUGUUCAGAGCAUGGGGAAGAAAUUUGAUGUUUACAAGCUUCAACUUCCUGCUAUCAACAUGUCAUCACUUAGAGUUAUAUAUGAGGAUCAUCGUACUUAUGCAUCGGACGCAGAUGUUAAUGUUAGUGAAAGCAUUUGGCAGGAACUGGAGGAAGAAAUGAUCCCAUCAUCAUCUGUUGUUAGAACUAACUGGCUGGACAAAUCUCCUGAUUUGAGAAAAUACAAGGAUUCUUGUGUUUGUGUUGUGGGAGAAGCAGUAAAAGUGCGCAUUGAGCUUAGGAAUCCUCUACAAAUUCCGGUUACUGUUUCUUGCAUCUCUCUUAUAUGUCAGCUUUCCAGCAGUUUGGAUGCUUCAAGUGCUGAGAAUAUUGUGUUGACUAAAGAUGCUGGCGAAGAUAUUUCUAACACAAGGCCUGCAAUAUCAACAUCUGAGGAUGAUGGGAAUAAUUUCACAGUGUCAAAACUGGACAUUGUGUUAGGAGGAAGUGAAACGAAAAGUGUACAACUUGAAGUUACUCCAAAAGUUGAAGGUAUCCUGAAGUUACUGGGGAUACGGUGGACGCUCUCAGAUUUAUUAGUAGGCUAUCAAUACUUUGAAUUUGACACAAAAAGGAAAACUAAGAAAGGGAAAAGGGGGCCUCGUCGUUCUUUGAGCGGCAACCUGAUUGUAAUCAAGGGUUUACCUAAGCUUAUGGGGUGUAUUGAUCACUUGCCAACAAAUGCAUUUGCUGGUGAUUUACGGCUGCUCAAGCUGAAUCUGAGAAACCAUUCAGAUUAUGCUGUGAAGAACAUAAAGAUGAAGUUUAGCCACCCAAGAUUUGUAAUUCCUGGUGAUUUAUCAGAAGUUGAUCUCGAGUUUCCCCAAUGCUUAAGAAAACAUAUACAAUCAGAAAUUAAUACUGUGCCAACAAAACGUACUCAUGAAGGUUUCAAGGGUUUGCUCUUUGCAUUUCCUCAGGAUAUUAAAAUUCAAGGAGGAGCCACGUUCUCCUGGCCUGUUUGGUUCCAUGCUGCAACUCCUGGAAACUUUUCUCUUUAUACAUCUCUGUAUUAUGAAAUGGAGAGUCCAAGUGACAUAACUUAUAGAACAUUACGCAUGCACUACAAUAUUGAGGUUUUUCCAUCACUUGAUGUAUCCUUUGCUAUAAAAAUGUGCUCGUCAAAAUUGAAAGAGUACAUUGUGCGCAUGGACGUCCUGAACAGGACUCCCUCAGAGUCAUUUGGGCUUCAUCAAUUGUCAUGCAAUGACAAUAAAUGGGCAAUUUCAACGCUGCCUUUAUGUGAUUCUAUCAGCUCUGUUGAAACAGUGUCAGCAAAUCAGGCUAUCUCGAGCUUCUUCAAGAUAAAGGAUUUAGGGGCAAAUUCUUGUAAAGAGGCUGAAGAUAGUUGUAGAAGUGAUAUGCUUUUAUCUUGUGAGGGCGGCACUGAGGAAUUUGAUGUUUCUCGAUCUCCUAUCACUGAUUUCCAUUGUCAAGAGAGAUACCAACAGGGAAGAUUGGCUAAGGGGCCAUGCGACCUUCUUGAUUUUAUUCUGAUCUCGAAAGCAGUAGGUGGUAACUAUUCCAAGUCAAAACAAGACGUUCAACUACUUUCUCAUCAUGUCUGCCAUUGCAGUGCUCUCGACCAGAGUCCUAUAUGGUGGUUUAUGGAAGGACCUAGAACAGUUACUCAUGAUUUCUCAAAGUCUUACUGUGAAGCUAACAUCCAGUUGGUAAUUCACAAUUCUGGGCAACAUGAUACUUCAGUGAGAAUAGUUACUUUUGACAGUUUGACAGAUAAAAGGACAACUGUCAAUUUGCAAGAUUCUAACAGUAAUCAGGGUGGAUGGUAUGAUGUAUCAUUGGAAAAUGACAUUAAAGCUAUCUCUACUGCCAAGGGGACACAUUAUCAGAAACAACCAUCGGAUAGCAUUUCACCUUAUGUUUGGUCUUCAUUGAGUUGUGCUCAAGUUGACUUGAAACCUGACACUUCUGCUAAAGUUCCUCUAAAAGCAUGCAUAUUUAUGCCUGGAACAUACAACUUUUCAAACUAUCAGUUGCAUUGGAAAGUGCAUUCAUCUGAGGUUGGACAAGUGGAUGAAAAUGAAAGAACAGGUGGUGGCCAAGGGCAUCCUUUUUAUGUCACUGUUCUUCAGGAUGCUCAAUGAAGUGCAGGGAAGGAUGGUGCGAGACACCUCUGAAGAAACUCAGUCCUUGGUUGCUUGAGGAUGUACAAUCCGACCAACCCAACCAGUGGGGACUGGUGAGCGGGUGAAGAUAUGUACCUGUAAGUUCCCACUUGAGUAUAGAAUAUGAAUAUACAUGGAUUCCAGCUGAUACUAGCACAGUUAUACAAGUUCUUUUCAAGGGUAAUUCUGGCGAUUAGAUGUAUACCAUUGUUGGUGAAAUUUUGGUGCUAGGAAGGAUGCAGACAACAAAGCUUUUGUUUCCAAAUUGUUGCUGUAGCCUAUAGGCUCUUGUAAAUCCUUUUCAUCUUUGAGACAACUCGCAGAUGCAGUAUCUGUCCAUAUUUUUCAAUCAUCUGAUAUUCUUUCCCCGUAUGAGGACGCUCCACGGGCGGCAGUUUUGGCUUUGUGAUGUUCAUCAUAUAGUGUUGCUUAUUUUAAAUGCCAGAUUGUAUUCUGUUGUUUCA